AUGCCCGGUCUUCCAGCUUCCGUCGACCUCGACGAGUGUAUCUCGCGCUUAUACAAGAGGGAGCUCCUCGCCGAGUCCGUCAUCGAGGCCAUAUGCGCCAAGACCAAGGAGCUGCUCAUGCGCGAGAGCAACGUCGUUCACGUCCGCGCCCCCGUUACCGUCGUCGGCGAUAUCCACGGCCAGUUCUACGACCUGAUUGAAAUAUUCAAGAUUGGCGGAUGGUGCCCAGACACCAACUAUCUGUUCCUAGGAGACUACGUCGACCGUGGCAUGUUCAGCGUCGAGACCAUUUCUUUGCUUGUGUGCUUGAAACUUCGAUACCCCAAUCGCGUUCAUUUGAUCCGAGGCAACCAUGAAUCUCGCGGCGUCACCCAAUCAUACGGCUUCUACACCGAGUGCUCCAGGAAAUACGGCAAUGCCAAUGUAUGGCACUAUUUUACCGACAUGUUUGACUUCCUGACCCUGAGUGUCGUCAUCAACGACAAGAUCUUUUGUGUCCAUGGCGGCCUAUCCCCGUCCAUCCACUCGAUCGACCAAAUCGUCAUCAUCGACCGCUUCCGCGAGAUUCCACACGAAGGCCCCAUGGCUGACCUUGUAUGGUCCGAUCCAGACCCCGAGCGAGACGAGUUUUCCCUCAGCCCCCGCGGGGCAGGCUACACCUUUGGCGCGCAAGUAGUCAAGAAGUUCCUGGCGGUAAACAACAUGGAUCACAUCCUCAGGGCCCACCAGCUGUGUCAGGAGGGCUUCCAGGUCCUGUACGAUGACCGGCUGAGCACGGUCUGGAGCGCGCCCAACUACUGCUACAGGUGUGGCAAUAUGGCUAGUGUACUGGAGGUUAGCGACACGGGCGAGAGGUUCUUCAACGUCUUUGCGGCGGCUCCAGAGAACGACCAGCACAAGGACAUGCAGCCUGGCGGAGAGAAGCAGGCAGAUGGAAACUCGCUGCCUGACUACUUCCUGUAG